CCCAUCCCACCUUCGUCUUCCCUCCAUCCUCCCCUCUCCGUCUCUGUGAUGCCGGGCCGUGGGUGAGUGUAUGCCCGUGACCAGACUGAAGCUGGGGAAGUUAAAGGUGGUGCGGCGGCAGCUGCUGCAAAGAUAUGAACACCAGCCCUUUGUCUCCUGCCUGGCCGGUCUCUACGGCUGCCAGUGGAGACGGUACCAAAGAGCGAAGGCGCAGCCAGGAGAGUGCUGCUGCAGCAAGGUGGAGUGUGGCAGUUUUGGCCUCCUCAUCCUCACCUUCUUCCUGAGUUUUGUUUUUCUUUAUUUCUGGAGUGAAGCCCAGAACGACUACAAUGACUUCGACUGGUUUAACUUUGGGACUCUUGGGUUCUGGUUUCCCUGGUCUCUGGUCCUGCUGGGUGUUGCUGCUGCUCUCUUCACAUACAUUGCCCUAUUACUGGUGCUGGCGGUGUGUCUGCUGUCUGAGGGUCAGAGGUUGUACCUUCACUGGAGCCACAAGACUGGCAUCUUGGUGACCCUGGUGUUCUCCGUCACGGCCACUGGCAUCAUGUCCGACCUCUGGAGCAAAGAAUGGAAAACACUUCUUCUCUCUCUGCAGGUGACAGCACCUUUCCUCCACCUGGCUGCUGUCUCAUUGAUGGCACUCCUCUCCUGGCCUGUGGCUUUGCACUUUUUCCGCAUGAACAAGAAAGUGCGACAGGUUGCAGUUCUGGGUCUGUUCCUGUCCGUGCUGUUCUCUCUCUACCUGGUUCCGCUGGGAAUGUACUCGCCCUGCAUUAAAGAGGCUGGAACCCUCGGACCUGCUCCAAAACUCAUCGGACACCGGGGCGCUCCGAUGCUCGCUCCAGAGAAUACUGUGAUGUCGUUUGAAAAGGCCGUUGAAGCUGGAGGAGACGGGCUGGAGACAGAUGUCACCAUAAGCUACGACGGCGUUCCCUUCCUGAUGCACGACUCCACACUGAGGAGGACCACCGACGUCGCGGAGGUUUUCCCCAAUCGAACGCUCCUCGACGCCUCCAUGUUCACCUGGGCUGAGUUACAGCAGCUGAAUGCUGGGAAAUGGUCCUUAUCGAGAGAUCCGUUUGGUACUGCAUCGUCCCUGUCCGAGGCGGACCGCUCCAAGGCCCAGAACCAGUCCAUCCCUUCGUUGGCCCAGUUUCUGGAGGUUGCAGCUCGAAGCAGGAAACUAGUGCUGUUUGACCUGCGCAGGCCACCGUACGGACAUCCAUACAGCCGGUCGUACAUCAACACCACUCUGCAGGUCGUGCAGGAUCACAUCAACUCCUCACAGGUGCUGUGGCUGCCGUCUGAAGACAGGGAGCUGGUCCACGCUACAGAUCCAGAGCUGCAGCAGACAUCAGGACAAAAAGCCUCCAUUCAGGAGCUGAUGGACAAUCACAUCACAAGACUGAAUUUACAUUACAGCAAGAUGUCACAGCAGCAGAUCAGUAAGUACGAGUCCGUGAACAUCAGCACUAACCUGUAUGUGAUCAGCCAGCCGUGGCUUUAUACUCUGGCCUGGUGUGCCGGAGCCCAGUCUGUCACCACCAACUCCAUCCACGUCCUGUCCAACAUCCACAAGCCGCUCUUCCUGAUGACUCCAGAGGAAUACAAUCUGAUGUGGAUCAUCACUGAUUUCGUGUCUGCCUUCCUCAUCUUUGCAAUUUUCAUAUUCCAUUGGUGGAGAGAGAGAGGCCUUCCCUUCUGGUCCGGCAGCAGUCAGACUCAUGAGAACGGACCGUACAGCAAAUUCAGGACAGAGAUGAGCGACGUCUGGUCCAUCUCCAGCGUCAACGUUCGGCCCGACCUCCGGAGCGCGCCCGGUUCGCCCAGUACGCCUCACCUGCCCACCAUCACAGAGGAGUGAUGGGGGAGGAGCACAGGCAGGCCAGUCACAGAUUACAAGAAUCAUUUCAAAGAACAGAAGAUGUAAAAUAUCAGAUUUGAGCUUUUUCCAGCGCAAGAAGAAAAGAGGAGGGAAAACAGACAUAAAAGGUGAAAAGGGGAGGAGUUUAUUUUUGGGACGUGGAGACAAAAAGACCAGCAAACGUUCGUUUUCUGAUCCUUGAGUUAGCUGCCUGCACGAUCGGGUAUCUGUCAUCAGGAUGGAGCAGCUUGAGCACCACCCACCUCAUCACAACAUGUGAUCAUUCAGCAGCAGCCCAACUAAAGAAGAAAACCAGGCGUUCCUCUGCGGUCUGGACACCAAACCUUCAUGAGGAGUCCCCGUGACGUCUUCUCUGGAUGGCAACUAAAAGCAGAGCGGGAGCUAACUGGAUCCCACGAGGAUAUUUUAUGCACAAGCUGUUUUUAUUUUCUGUCGUACGGACGCACAAGGUUAGACGUCUUAAAGGAGACCUUUGACAUGUUUCCCUUUUUUUUAAAGAUUCGUUUGACCUCUGGGCUUGAAACUUUGUUUUUAACUUCCAGAAAGAGCUAAAGUCCACCUGCUUUCUUUCACAGCCCGACGUCAAACCUGAAACAAGACGGUAAAGACCGGACCCCUCGCUGAGGGAAUGCAUAUCACCCGCCGCCCUUCA